CUCUGACUGCUCCCCUCUCAGCGCCUGUGACUGACUCUCUCUGACUGCUCCCCUCUCAGCGCCUAUGACUCUCUCUCUCACUGCUCCCCUCUCACUGCCUGGGACUUUCUCUCUCUCUCUGCUCCUCCUCUCACUGCCUGUAACUCUCUCUCUCUCUCUGCUCCCCUCACCACUUGUGACCCUCACCCCGUUUCUCUUCUCUCAUUGCCUGCACCCCUCUAUGUUGCACUCACUGUGACUCUUCCCCCCCCACCACUUUACUACCCGUAACUUUCUCUCUGCUUCGCUCACUGUUACUCUCUCCGUUUCCCACUCUCUGCUCUCCUGCCGUUGUUUCUCCUCUCUCGUUGCCUGUCUCUCUCUCUCUCUGGCCCUCUCCUUGGCCGUGACUUUCUCUCUGCUCGACUCACCGCCUGUCAGCCUUCACUCACCGCUUGCACCCUCUCCCCCUGCGGGUUUCGCCGCCCGGUUCGGCCAUGGAGGAGGCGCCGGAGCGGACCCGGAGCCGAGGCCGCGGCCGCCGGGGAGGAGGGAGAGGCCGCGGCCGAGGAUCGAGCCGCCCCGGGGACCGACAGCAGCGGCCAGUGGUGCCCGAGCAGGGGGCGCAGGGCCGCGGCUUCAGAGGAUCACGGCCGCCCCGAGGAUCACGGCCGCCCCGAGGCCGCGACCACCCCUCCUGGCCGCCGGAGCAGCAGAUUGAAGAGGAUGUGGACACAAAGGACGAGUCUGAUCAAUCAAACGAAUUUUCGAGAAGGCAAAUAGUUUCAAACUGGGACAGAUAUAAAACUGAAGAGAAAGAACCUGAUGAUGUUGGAGAAACUUUGCGAGGUGCAGAUUUCAAUGUGCUGCUAAGUUCUGCAGGUGAUUCAUUUGCACAAUUUCGUUUUGCUGAAGAAAAAGAGUGGGAAAUAGAGGUUUCCUCAAGUAAACAGAUAUCACCACUGUUUGUAGAUUGUCAGUCUCUGGCCCAGUCUCUUCAAGAACUACCACUUUACCUUCGACUGAAUGUGGAAGCUGAGUUGGUACAGGUAAAUCCUCCUGCAGAGCCACCACAGAUCAGACUGAAGAGCAUGGAUGACAGCCAAAGUAAAUUUGGUCAAUUUAGAGCACAUACUAUAGCUUCCUCAACAAAUGUGGGCACCAUUCCAGUCAACCCCAUGCUCAGCCCUGCAACACAAGUACCUGAGAUUACUGCUCCUGCAUCGGCAUCGCAAGAACCAGCGGACCAUCUGGAUGAGGAGCUGGAUUUUUUACUUCAAUUAGAAACGCCUGUCAACAAGAAUGAUAUUUCCUUAAAAGGAGCUAAGGAUGUAGAAGUUCUCCAUGAUCCUGCAACUGUUAAUAUUUCAACUGACUCGUCUGGUGCAGAGGUGAUAGACAAUACAAAUUCACAACCAACUGUAACAGCUAAGAAGCUUGACCCUGAGGAGGAACUUGAAGAUUGGUUAGAUAGCAUGAUAUCGUAAUGUUACCAUGACAGUCUUGCAAGUAUGUGAAUGCUGAUGAACAGUACUUGACUCUAAACACAACUGUGGCAUUGCAUUUCCUUCACAAAGCAUUCAGUCAGAUAAUUGCUUCAACAGCAUGAUGUUGACGAUGAGUUUGGGCAUUUCUUAAUGUUUGCUUACAAAUACUGCCAGUUGGGUACCAGGAUUAAUGUUUACCCUUAGCUAAUGAAAAUAUGUUCAGUUCAUUGAAUGGCUUAGAUUCAGCAACAGAAUUCUAUGUAAAAGGAGACUACUGUUCAAAGAGUAAUGGAAAAGGUAAAAUCCAUGAGAUCCCUUGGUUUGUUACUUUGUUAUUAUCUCAGUAAAGGAGUAAGUUACACAUUAAUAAAAUGCCAUUAAGCAAAGAGAUUCAUUUUAAGAACUUUGAUUAUCUAUGUGUACAUCAGAUCUGGUGCCAUUCACAUUAAUGGAAUUACAGUAGGUUCAAUAAAAGAUCUUUGCAUAGAUUGGUUCAAACAAAGCGAUUUCACAUUCAUGGCCAAAGGAAUAUUUAUUCUGUCUUUUCUGUUACAGAAUGAUGCACUGUCA